CACUUUAGGAAUCCAGGGCCAGUUGGGGAAGUUGCAUGCAUGGCGCCUGAAAAAGCAUGCCUCCACCGUCACCUUCUAGAAAUUCGCAGCAAAAGAAACUAAGUUAGCAACUCAUUAAUCAGAGUUGAGGAAGGCCAGCUCGAGGGCGGUCUGGUUCAAAGCUUCCCAUGAUGAUGGGGAGCAAGCCAGCGGGUUUGGCUGCUAUCCUUGCUCCCCAAGCGUACAGCAGCGGCUCCAUUCUCGAGGCCUUUCAGGCCACUGUCGUGCCAUCUUCGCGGGAGUUGUGGUUCUCGUUCGCAGCUGCGUGCGCAGUUAUCUUGUUCUAUAACCUUCUCAGAAUCUUUGCGGGGUUUAAUGUUGAGGACCGGUUGACGAAGCUGCCUGAGGUCAGGAGCCAGCUUGAGGCUAACCUGCGGGUUGGUCCAAGUGCCACUAAAAGGCGAGAGACGACAGACAAGAUGUCAUCUGCUGAGGGUGAUGCAUUGGCAGAUGCAAACGGCAAAGGGCGAACACGUAUCUACACAAUCAAGGUGGAGCUCAAGGCUGCGAGAAAUCUUGUCGCUGCCAACAUGAAUGGCACAUCAGAUCCAUAUGCCCUGCUGAGCUGUCGGGACCAGAAACGAUUUAGUUCGGUGGUCCCAAGCACAAGGAACCCCCUGUGGGGGGAGACCUUUGAGUUUCUGCUCGACGAUCUGCCUGCAGAGUUGACAAUCUGCUUGUACGACUGGGACAUCUUAUGGCGGAGUAGGGGUUUGGGCGAGACCACGAUCAUGAUCGACGGAGAGGGGGAAGAUGAGCCCGACUGGUACCCACUGGACAAAGGGCAGGGCCAGGUGCAGCUGCAGGUGACGACGUCGUCACAUCACGUCACAUUCACAGGGAAGGACUCGGCGGUGACGGGGCUGACGAUGUACCAGCGGCGGCGGCGCAUGUCCGACGCCACGCCGGCGCUGCAGCGGGAGGGCACCAUGGUGCGCCAGAAGCCGGGGCCGCUGCAGACCAUCUUCAAGCUGCCGCCUGACGAGAUCGCGAUGCACACCUUCUCGUGCGCAAUGGAGCGCAGCUUUCUGUACCACGGCCGCAUGUAUGUGUCGGACUACCACGUCUGCUUCAACUCCAACAUUUUCUCGAAGGGGAUCAAGGUGACGAUACCCUUUGAGGACAUAGAGGAGAUCCGGAAGAGCUACCACGCUCUGAUUAACCCUGCGGUUACGAUCGUGUUGCGAGUGGGCGCGGGGGGGCAUGGGGUGCCCCCCUUGUCCAGCCCAGACGGCCGCGCCAAGUACAAGUUCGCUUCAUUCUGGAACCGCAACCACGCCUGGCGCGUGCUCCAGCGCAGCAAGAAAGCGUACCACGAACUAGAGAAGCAGCAGGCGCACGAGGAACGGGGCACGUUGCUGCGCGCGAGCAGCCUCCGGGACAUGACGUCAGCGGCGGCCGAGGCCGUGGCGGCGUCCCCGGAGGUGACGUUGGAGCGGCUCAAGACGCCGCCGCGCCCCGCGGCGGCGCUCGAGCCGUUUUUGUCGGAGGAGAAACUGACGGAGAUUAUACAGGACACGUUGCCGAUCACUGCCGCGGACUUUUUCGAUUAUUAUUACAGCGACGAGUCGGACCUCACGGAGCAGUUCCGGAUUGGGAGCCGGAAGGAUACGAAUCUGCAGGCGGAGCGGUGGCAGCCGUCGGAGCAGUACGGGGGGCUCGUCCGCAAGGUGACGUUCCGGUUCCUGUGCACCAGCCCCAUGUGCCCCUACGACAGCGCCAUGACCGACUGGCAGCACGUCAUGUAUGACGAGCGGGAUCAGGUCCUGACGCUGGAGGUCAUCUCGCAAGCCCACGACAUCCCGUUUGCCUCGUUCUUCGAGGUGCAAAAUAAGUUCAUCGUGAAGACAGCCGGCCCGUCUUCGUGUGACGUCACCGCUUACACGGGCGUCCACUUCAAGAAGUUCUUCAUGCUCGCGGGCAAGAUUCGCAGCGGCGCCUUGGCCGAGUGCAAAGACGACUGGAGUUUGUGGCUCAAGCUCGCGAAGCAGGAGCUCGACCGGUUGAAAGUUGACGUCCCGGCCCGGCGUGCCGAGGCGCAGGCUUCGGGACCAAACGAGGUCCCGGUACAAGAUGAGUUUCUAGGUCGGGACGUGUCCGUUACGGAGUUCCGCCUUGUGGAGGCGGCUAUUGAGGGCGAGAGCAUUGAGCUCGCUGCUCCUAUUGCAGACGUUUAGUCUUACGCGCUUAGUUGUUGGCGCGCUUUAGUUGGGAAAAGGUGUUGGUUAAAUGGGAGGAGAACUUCUCUGGCGACUCGGGAGGCAUGUGCUAAUUAUCUGGCACUAUGGAGUCAGGCAGUCCUCAAAUGAUACCACUGUCAGGUGCCACGUCAUCUGCACGUCUUGUUCGCGCCGUUAUUUUAAUCUGCACAAAUCGUCAUCUGGCGCAUUCGAA